AUGUCAAAUUCUUGCCAAAAAAGAUAUCGUCGAAUACUUCAACGCAAAAAAGAAAGGCGAAAACAGGAAAAAGUUCGCAGGAAGAUAGCUUCGCGCAAUAAAAUAAGGGAAGAUAUAGAACUAAACCGUUAUCACAGCAAAAAGUUCCUGAAAAAGGAGGUCUCCAACAGAUUGCAGAUCGCACUGUAUGAAGGAAUAAGGAUCUACAUAGAUUGUUCUUAUGAAGCUCUUAUGUCUCCUAAAGAAUGUAAUAAAUUCGCUCAACAACUAUGUCGUCUUUAUGGCGCAAACAAAAAAGCAACGAAGCCCUUAAGCAUCAACCUUGUGAAUUUUUCACAACAUGGACCUUUGUUCCAUGCUUGCCAGUCCAAAUGUGAUGGAUUCCUAAAGUAUAAGAUUGGAUUGUACUCUGAAACACCAUCAAGCAUCACGCCAGAAAAUAUAGAAAUCGUGUACCUCAGUCCGGACGCAAAGGAACCAUUGAUAUCUAUAUCGGAAAAUUGUGCGUACGUCCUAGGAUGUCUUGUGGAUGAGCAUAUAUUAAAGGGACGAAGCCGACAAGAAGCUGAGAAUCAGGGUUACCGUGCCGUGCGACUCCCAAUUGAAGAGUUUACAUCUGGAAAAAUAUCUAACCCUGUGUUAGCGAUAAAUCAUGUCGUCGAUAUAAUGUUAGCAUACAUGGCAAACGGUGGCGACUGGAAGGAGGCUUUAUAUUCUAAAUUGCCCGAACGAUUUUUGAGAUAA